AUGUUCUCCCUCAAGAAUAAUACGAACGGCGAAGCGCACAUCCGAGAAAAUGAUUUUUUAAACGCGGAACCUUGGCUCCGGAUUGUGGCCGCGUCCGUAAACGCCGAGGAAAAAAAAACGCUUAUUAUCUUUUUUCUGAUACUGGAGCUUCGGCAGAAUGUGGAUAAACACUUCAACAGUCCUUUCGUAAGCGACGCUUCGGUCGAUGAUGGGUUCUCCCUGCUUCCAGACACGAGACAUUCCUUUCCCGAUGAGUGUCCUGAGGGACGAAAGCGCGUCCUUAAACCCGGAAGAACCUCCGGAGAGAGAAGAUUAUCAGGCCUUUUAUUUGUGAGCGGGAAAAUGCCCGUGAAGUUGACUGGACGAGGUUCGUCAACCUCGUCCAAAGAAGGUGAAAAACUCGUCUAA